UCCUUUUACAUAAAAUUCAGUUCGAAUUCGAAUCUGGAGCAUCACCUCCCAAGAAGAAACUCAAGGUGAUUUAAAGUAUACAGUAUACAUUUAUUGCUGACAUUGGACUCUAAAUUCCCAUUCAAUCCAGGUUAUGGCUAAAUUACUGAUGUAUCAAUUCACUGUAAGCCUAAAAUCUAUCAUCAAUUCUUCUUUCAGCUCGAAUUCACUCCAAUAAAUUCACGGGGCGCGUAUCGGUUUGGAUCUGUGAACAUUUGGGCUCGUAGUAUUUAGCAACAGCCAGUUAGACGUACAACAAAGCGAUCUGGCAAAGUUACCACAUUACGAGGGAGCGUUUUUAACCAUAGUUGAAGCAGGGGAGCAGUGCGAGAAUGCUGAUGAUGUAAUUAGCACUGUUUCCCGCAUUAAUUUCUGCAAGCUUACAUCAUUUAACAUUGUUUUAUUUACAAUGGUUGAAGGUGUAAAAAAUCUAAAAGAAAAAAUGCUAAAAGAGGGCGCUACUCUGGCACAGCAUGGCUACUUUUACGUCCAAAAUAAACCUCCAACUACAGCACAAGGUCCGUAUUUACAGGAAGCCUUGGAAACCUUUGUAGUUGGACACUGGUCUGUCUCAAGGCAAAUAACCUCGAGACAUUUGUCCGCCAGUAAAGAAAAUUUGAUUUUCCUGAAUUCAUUCCCAGCACAAGGCUACACAUGGCUUGUAGAAAACCUCUCCAGAGAAGGGGACGUGAUUAUUGAUGCUGGAACCCCCAAUGGCUAUGCAAUGGUGGCUGCGUUGAGGAAAGGGCGAAGCGCAGUUAGGAUAGACAGUACCGCUUUGCCUUCCGAACAGGCAGCGAUAGAGACUAAAAUUUGUAGUCUUGUAUCUUCCUAGUUUAUAUGUCAAUGACAAUCUACUAGUUAGUAAACAAUUCAAUUGACAAAGUUUAUGUUAUCAAAAAUUUUUUUUGAGUGUAAGUCUGAUUUGUAAUUUGAAUUACCUACUCAUUAAAGCUAU